AUGGGUAUUGAAGAUGGUCGUGUUCAAGACUCUCAACUUUCGGUUUCGUCCUAUAUUAGCCAAAAUCUUGAUGCAAAAUCAUCUCGUCUUAAUACGCCGCGAGCUUGGCGAGCUGAUUUGGGAGACAGCAAGCCAUGGAUACAGGUUGAUUUCUUGCGGCCUGUGACUGUAACAAAGGUCAUCACACAAGGUCGCGAGGAUUCUGGACAAUGGGUGAAAGAAUAUAGGGUGAGGUCCAGGAUUGGUGAAGGUACAUGGACUUCUGUCUCGGAUUCAUCGGGUGCCCCAAAGGACUUCACUGGUAACAGAAAUGAUAAAUCACCUGUCACUCGUGAUCUUCCAAGCCCAGUAACAAAUCAGAUUUUUCGUAUUACUGCAAGAACGUGGAGUAAAUACUGUACUAUGAGAUUUGAACUUGUUGGCUGCUAUCCAGGAAAGGAAUCGAAAUGUUCGCCGUCAUCAUUAAUCAGUAGCGAGAACUGGACCAACUGGCUAGUUCCUUCCAGCUGUCGAGAUAGGGCAGCCCUUGGUUUCGAGAACGGCCUCAUCCAAGAUUCUCAAAUAACUGCAUCCUCCUUUUCGUCGUCCCGUACAACUCCGCAAUUAGCAAGAUUGAAUCAACAAAUCUCUGGUCGUGAUCUGGAUGGCUGGCGUGCUGCCCCAGCCGAUUCGGCGCCCUGGCUCCAAGUCGAUUUUAUAGCGAAGGUCAUUGUGGAAGGUGUACAAACGCAAGGACUCGUGGACACUGUUAUGUUCGUGAAAACGUACGAACUACAUUAUAGCGAUGAUGGCUACAGUUUUAUGGGAUAUAAUGAAACUCAAGGAGCACCCAAGGUGUUCAAUGGUAAUACUGAUAGUUCAACAGUUGUCCAAAAUGAAAUAUCACCAACCAUUGCACGGUAUUUUCGCAUAAAACCGUUAACAUGGGAACAUCUCUGCGGAUUUCGAGUGGAAUUUAUUGGAUGUUACAAGGACUGCGUGUCGUCAAAGGCUCUUGGCUUAGAGGACGAGACUAUAGAGAAAACGCAGCUGAUGUCGUCGAGCAGUAAGGGUGAUCGCUAUUCCAAAAAGUACGCUAGGCUCAACUCUAACGACUGUUGUGGAUGGCAACCAAAUGAAUCAGACUUAGACCCGUGGUUUGGAGUUGAUCUUCUAAAAGACGCAUUGAUCAGUGGUGUGGCUACGCAAGGAGACGUAAGCGACAAAUUGUGGACGAAAAAAUUUAAGUUCUCGUACAGUACAGAUGGAGAGAACUUCGCGUUUUAUAAAUUCAACGGUGGCGUCAAAACUUUCCAGGCUAAUAAUGAUGCAAGUUCCGUCGUCAAACAUAAUCUCCCUUCACACAUUUAUGCUCAAUUCGUCCGUUUUCACCCGGUAUCGUGUAAUCAAGCGUGUGUCUUGAGGGCUGAGAUAUACGGCUGUUUUGACGGUAGGUUUUAA